GUUUGAUUAGCCCAUCUCACUAAAGAGCAGCGUUUGUUCAUUUUGAGCGUUUUUGGACAGGAAAUCGAUCUACAGGAUAACAUUUUCAGAAAGGAAAACAGUAUGGGACGAUGGCUUGUUGGUACAAGUGACUCUGUUUGGGAAAUUGUAAACACGAAACCUUGGAGGAAGAACAGUGUUCAAGAUCAAAAGCAUGAUGACUCCCGAUGAAAACACCACCAAAUGAUGAACCCACGAGCCAAGAGGAACUUCUACUUGGCAGCCCCUGACUUGCUGGAUCCUAAAUCUGCUGCUCAGAACUCCAAACCGAGGCUCUCGUUCUCCACGAAACCCACCGUGCUUGCUUCCCGGGUAGAGAGUGACACGGCCAUUAAUGUUAUGAAAUGGAAGACGGUCUCCACAAUCUUUCUGGUGGUCGUCCUCUACCUGAUCAUCGGAGCCACCGUGUUCAAGGCACUGGAGCAACCCCAGGAGAUCUCUCACAGGACCACCAUUGUGAUCCAGAAGCAAAGUUUCCUAUCCCAGCAUGCCUGUAUCAACUCCUCCGAGCUGGACCAGCUCAUCCAGGUAACGUCUCCAGUGCAUCGCUACUGCUCCUUCUCCCAAAGGAAAGACAAGCAAAUAGUGGCAGCAAUAAAUGCAGGGAUUCUACCCCUGGGAAACACCUCCAAUCAAAUCAGUCACUGGGACUUGGGAAGCUCCUUCUUCUUUGCUGGCACGGUUAUCACCACCAUAGGGUUUGGAAACAUCUCACCUCGCACAGAAGGUGGGAAAAUCUUCUGCAUCAUCUAUGCCUUACUGGGGAUUCCCCUCUUUGGUUUUCUGCUGGCUGGAGUUGGAGAUCAACUAGGAACCAUCUUUGGAAAAGGAAUUGCCAAAGUGGAAGAUACCUUUAUUAAGUGGAAUGUCAGUCAGACCAAGACCCGCAUCAUCUCCACCAUCAUCUUCAUCCUGUUCGGCUGCGUCCUCUUCGUGGCUCUUCCUGCGGUCAUUUUCAAGCACAUAGAAGGCUGGAGCGCCCUGGAUGCCAUCUACUUUGUGGUCAUCACCCUGACAACCAUUGGGUUUGGUGACUACGUGGCAGGUGGAUCAGACAUCGAGUACCUGGACUUCUACAAGCCCGUGGUGUGGUUUUGGAUCCUCGUAGGACUUGCUUACUUCGCCGCUGUUCUGAGCAUGAUUGGAGACUGGCUGCGGGUGAUCUCUAAAAAGACGAAGGAGGAGGUGGGAGAGUUUAGAGCACAUGCUGCGGAGUGGACAGCCAACGUCACGGCCGAGUUUAAAGAAACCCGGAGGCGGCUGAGCGUGGAGAUCUAUGACAAAUUCCAGCGUGCCACCUCUGUGAAGCGGAAGCUGUCUGCGGAGCUGGCUGGGAACCACAGCCAGGAGCUGACUCCUUGCAGGAGGACCCUGUCAGUGAACCAUCUGACCAGCGAGAGGGACGUCUUGCCUCCCCUACUGAAGACGGAAAGCAUCUAUCUGAACGGUCUGACGCCACACUGUGCUGGAGAAGAGAUAGCCGUGAUCGAAAACAUUAAGUAGCUCUUCUGUGGAAGAGCCUGAGGCACAGCCAUAGGGGAGGACUUCUCUAGGCUCUCUGUGACUGUUGCUGGUAGCAUUUAAACCUUGUGCAUGAGCUGGAAAGGGAAAGCAGAUAGACACUCCUCCCAUCCUGGUCACCUGCCACCCAGGGUGUUGGAGUCCUAAGCCAGCACUCUCUCUGAGGAGGCUGUGAGACAUCCACUUUAUUACAAGUGGAAGGCUAAGCAAUGUCUGAUGCCUUUUUUUGUGCCCAGACUGUUUCCCUGCCCCCACCUUUUACCCUGAUGUGCCACGAGGCCUCAGAAUGAGUGAUGGUGACUGUUUUUGAUGACAGCGUAGCUUGGAGGGAUCAGUCCUUGACUUUUCAGGGUUUACCUAGCUGAGCCUGGAUACGGACCAUUUAUAGAUGACAACAUUUCUAUUUGUAAAUGGCCAAGAAAUUCUUAUGCAGCCUUUUACCUAAGAAAUUUUCUGACAGUGCCUUACCUUAUGAAGAAACAGAACUUUCUCCAGCUGACACGUGGUUUCUCCCUCCCCGCCCCUUCCCCGAGGUGCACCUCUGCCGACUUUGUCCCCCCCCCCCCCCCCGCCGGGAGCAGUGUGUAGCGUGAGUGAGGUGCUGUCGGCAUAGCAGCGGAGGGAAGGCCCCUGAAGCACCGCGCAGAAGCUGGAGGUGGAGGCACUGCAGAGAGGCGCAGGGAUGGCCCUCUGAGGAUUUAUUUGACUCAGGUACCCACGGUACAAUUCUACAUAAGUACAUACAUAGCAUAAUUGUUACCAGGCUGGUAACACUGGCUGCUCCCCAACAGAUCCCUCUUUCCUGGCAGUAUUGGGAAUUCAUCAUUUAUUAGUAACUGAACCUUUUAAAGACAGAAAAGGAAAUAAAGCUCAUAUGUAUGAAUAAUCAGAACAAAACCGUUGAAAUCAGAAUCGCUGGAGGUGGUUUAGACCGUUUGCAUGGGUCUGUUCUGAUGAAGGAAGAGUGGCAAAGUGCCAGGAGAAGUCGCUACUAAACCUUACACUGCCAGCUUCGGAUUGUUUGUUUGAUGUAUGAAAGGCUUAUUUCCCUUUCUUGAGUGACUUUUGCCAAAUUGGGGACUGGGGUGAUGCCCAGGGAGAGGGAAAGCAGGGCUCUAGCCACCCACAGGUCCCUUUGGAGUUGUUAGUAGGUGUGAGAGCAGAGGCUGAGAUUGGGGCCACUGUGAUUUUGCACACGGAUACUUGUACACUGCAGGCAGAAUUCAUCUCUGGCAUUAUAGAAAACGCUGUUAUAGCACAAGUUAAACCUUGAGAGUUAUUUUUUUUAAGAUAUAAAAGGCUGAUAAUCCUUCUGAGUUUAAAUUUAUAUCCUGUAAUUCCUCGGAUGUUUCUGAGACUCAGAAAAGUUUCAGUAAAUGAACCCAGUAAAUUGCUACCCUCUCCUUUAUUUUCAUACUUAGAUCUGCUGUACAUUGUAUAUAUAUAUAAUUUUUAAAAUGCAGAAAGGAAAUUAUCUCCUUAAAAAUAAUUGCAAAACUGAUUUCUUCUAUCUUUUGGGAGAGUAGUAGGCAUAUUUGAAAAGAUGGUAUUCAGAUUAGGUCUUAAGAAAUAAAUCCAGGACCUUUAAAACAGACUAAUAGAUUAUUUUCCAAAAUUAAGCUAGACAUGUAAAUAUUCAGUUAACUUGCUGAAAGUACUUUUAUAAACCUAAAGAAUUCUAACCAAAAUUUUAGAAAGUCAGGCUGUUUUUAGGAAGAAAGCUACACCCGUUUCCUGAGUAACUGUCCUGCAGGCUCAUGUGGUGGAACGCACCAUGUAUAAACUGUGAACUGUAUCAGAAAAUAAAGUUUAUAACUAAAGUCAGCA